AUGAUUUCACUUUUUAUUUUCUGUCUGUUCUGCUGGAAAACAGCGGCGCUCUCUUUUUGUAAGUUUUUGAACGCAAGUUCUAAUCAGAUUUGUCGCAGGCCGGGUUUCAGUUCUAAAAUUGAAGAAAAAGGUUUCUGAAUCUAAUGUUUUCCAAAAUCGGCUUGCAAAUCGUGGACCGUGGGCCGAUUUUUGACAGGUCUCUAGUUCAAAUGCAAAUAUUUUUGUUUUAGUGGAAACCGCAACAAAUGCGAUCGGCGAAUUCAAGUUUCCCACUUUUCCUGGUAAGGUUUUCUAAAACUAAUCUACUUGUACGUCAUAUUUCUCAGAUGCUGAUGAACAUGCGUGUUUCUCAACGGACUCGUGGAUGACAACUGAAACUGGCAAGAAACGAAUGGAUCAAAUUGCCAUUGGAGAUUUAGUCUUGACUUCCAAUUUGACCGCCGUAAGUGCAUAAUUUUUGAAUUCCAUCAACCUUUUUUACGUUUUUUUCAGACAUAUUACACUCCAAUUAUAACGUGGAUGCACCGAGAGCCCGAGAAAAGAUACAACUUUUAUACGAUUAUGACAGAGUACGGAAAAAUGUUGGCAGUCAGUGGAAAACACCUUGUUUAUCGGAAUCUUUGCGAUGGUACUUACAUACCUAACCUUUUUUGGUGACUUUUAUUUUCAGAAAACUACAUGGAAUAUGUGAAAUAUACGCCGAAAGGUCGUGACGUCGUUUUUGCGGAAGAGCUCAAAGUCGGAGAUUGUCUCGUGCUGCUCUACGGGGUACUAAAUACAUUCUCCUUUAUCUGCUUCUGUACUGUCAGUUAACAUCUUGUUUUAGGGAAAAUAUCGCCAACAACGAGUGAUGCGCAUUUCCAUAACUGAACGAACGGGAAUUUUCGCGCCAAUCACAGAAAAUGGGAGAAUAAUCGUGAACGACAUAAUUGUGUCCGUCUACAGCGGAAUCAAGCAUACCCGCUUCCAAAACCAAUACUAUGCGGCCGUGGCUAAUAUCCAAAGUUGGCUGCGAAUAUUCGGGGACACGAUUUUCCAUAAAGUAUGUUCCUCGCAGUAGGUGAAGUGGAUGUCGAUGUUAUUACUUUUAGGCCACAAUACCAAUCGGAUCCGCUUUGGCUUCUGAUGUUCUUCGUUUGGUAAUGCCAUAA